UAAUCAGCCGUCACUUUGAUUUGGUUAUAGCAAAAGUAUGUUUGUAAAAAAAUUAUAUUUUAUUGUUGACUGUGGCUAUGCGGCGCCUUACAACACUACUGUGUGGCCAUUCACACAACAACGCGUUUUGUUUACAAUUUGCAGUCAACGUUUUUACAGCAAUGAAUAUCUUACCAAAAAAACGCUGGCAUGUGCGCACCAAAGAGAACAUUGCACGUGUGCGUCGUGACCAAGCUGCAGCACAAGAGGAGGAAAAAAAACGGCAGGACAAGUUAGAGUUUGCUGAGAGCGAAGCACGCAUUAAUUUUUUGCGACUGCAAUCGGGCUUACCGGAAAAAAUUACAUCUUACGCUCCAGAGACUACGUCUGGUAGCAACCAAAAAACAUCGGAUGCGGAUUCAGCACAAAGCUCUGUGAACAAGUCAUUCGAUCUGUUUGCAGACUAUAAAAGUCACAUAAAAACAACAAACAAGGAUCUCGAGAAAGAAAAGAAGGAGGAGCAGGAGAAAUAUGAAAAGCAAAUCGGUUAUUUGACAUAUUUAGGUCAGGAUACCAACGAGGCACUUAAGGUGCGCAGUUGGUAUGAAGUAGCACCAAAACGACCUGAAGUCGGUGAUCGUAAUACUACUGAAGCCAAUUUGAAGCAAAAAUUGGCACAGGAUCCACUUACUUUGAUCAACGCAUUAAUCCCACACGGAAAACAACCCGCCCAAAACACAGUCAAGCGUAAACGAGAGCCUUCGCCUCUGCCUACACCGGAACCUGGGCACUUGUCAAAAAUAAAAAAACAUAAAAGGGAUAAGAAACUAAAGAAGCAUAAGAAACAUAAGCACAAAUCAAACAAGGAGGACAGGAAAGCAAAAGAGUUGGCUGAAAGUUCCGCCAAAAGGGACAAGCUCAAAAGAUUGCGCACGGAACGUUUGCAGCGUGAAGCGGCAGAGCAGCGUCGUCAGGAGCUAUUAUUUGGACCAAAGAAACAGACUUUGCCAGCCACGGGCAGCGCGGCCACUGCACCAACACCACGAAUUGUGCAAAAGUAUAAUAGUCAGUUUAACCCAGAUCUUGCUAAGCAAAAUAUGUUGUGAAGGAAUAAAUAAAUUAUU